AUGGGUGUGUCGUUUAAGCUUGGUAAGGUUCGUAAGAGGUACCGCCAGGAGGUGGUAGACACCGUGGACGGAAAUGGAGUCUGGGAUAUUGAGCCUGAGGUUGGGUUUGGUGAGGGUAAUUUUACUGGAAAAGGAGAGAAGUCUUCUGAUCAUGCAAAUGUACCGGCCAAGUCCGGAAGGCAUUUGGUUACAGAAGAUAUGGAGCUAUCCUUUUCUCUGAAUUUAUUCACGGAUGGCUGUUGCAUUGGAGAACCCUCUAAGUUCUUCAACUAUGUACCGGAAAAGUUGUGUCCUUAUAGUAAAGAAACAGAAACGAUUUUCACUGCAAUUGAGUAUGGUCUGUUGCCUGGAGAUCUCUUUGACAAGUUACCCUGCAAGUACAGUGAUGGCGCAAUUCUUUGUGAGAUUCAAGAUUAUCGCAAUUGUUUGCACAGAAGGGGUAUUGCAUCUGUAGAUAAAUCUCCAGUUGUUCAUAAAGUGCUCCUAAAAAUGUGCAUGGAAAAUGUAAUAAAGGACAUAUGUUUAAUGUCAAAUGAUUCUUGGUCCUAUGAAGAUCUAUUGACAGUUGAGUCCCUCAUUUGGAAGGCUUUGCAACCUGAUCUUCAUCUGAACCCAGAGGCGCAUGGAGACAGAUUGUGCAUAGAACCCUGGACUAAGAAGCUUGAUUUGGGAAUCACCUGGGGUAGGAAAAAGAGAAAGUUAGCUGAUGCUCCAGCUACUAACCCAAUUAGCAGCCAAAAUAACAAAGGUGUUCCAUGUUCACAGCCAACUGUUUCUAGCUCAGUUCUGAAUUUACAAAAGGAUAGUGGUACUUUGGAGACCACACUGCAGCCCAGUCCUUUGACAAUGGGAUCUAACCAUCAAAUGGUGGAUGGUUUCAACCUAUCUGCUAUGGUAGAUCUGACACCAUUGGAUCUUUCUCCUGUCCCAAUGCAAUGCUUUAGUGGACAUAACAUUCUUAGGAAAGAAACCACUCCAUCGGUUCUUCCUGAGCAGGGCACAUUUGAAACACAAGCCAUUCAAAGACCUAUCUUUAGGAUUCCCAAGCAAGAGCCCUUGGAUUUCUCUCCACAGCAACCUACUUGGAGUCAAUCUGAAAUCAUGUUCGCAGCCGGGCGGCUGCAGAAGCAAAAUAAUACUUUCUCACAUUGGAAACCUGAAGCUGGAAUAGUUCCACAUGAAAGAAUUCAUGGCAGGAGAAGCCCCUCACUAUCGAAAAAUAGUGGUCAACAGGCAGUUCUUGAAGGUAUACCGAAGCUGCGUGCUGGAAUGCCUACUACUGUGAAACAAGAACCUGUUGAAACAAGUAACUUCACUGGUUUAGAUGUUAGAAGGAUCAGGGAUAGCUGCAUUGGUAUGGAUGCGAGAAGUAAUAGAUCUAAUCUUCUACAACUAAAGCAGCAUCCAUCACCAGUAUUUGGAACGAAUAUCCCUCCUUCCAACUCAUCUUGGAAUCAGAUUACCCAUGACCAAAAUUCUGAAAAGGAUGUUGCCAUUCAAAAGAGGAAAGCUUUGCAAAAUCCUCGGGUUACAGCUGGUGUGAGCAUCGCACCAGUAAGUUCUCAUCAGAAUGAGGCUGUGCAAAGAGAGGCUUCUAUAUCUGCAAAGCGAAAAAAGAAUUCAUGCCCUAAGGAUGUGAGUAAUAAUAUACCUAUAUCCAACAAUCCAAAUGCAAUCAGUGCAAUUAGACUUCAAUUUAGAAAUCCUAAGUUACCCGAAGCCUCAGGAGUUAAAGGUGAUCUCAAGAGGUUUUUGAUGAUCAGUGAGAUUACUCGAAGGAAUGGAUUGAAUAAGAAAAAGUGCAAUGUGGAAGAAACUUUGCAGGAGAAACGAUCAUUCUCCAUUAGCAAAUUCGGUAGCGAAUUUUCUAAAGUCAAUGGGACUGAAGAAAUUCUUCUAUCAGAGAAUUUUGCAGACACAGUUGUUAAUUUGGCGAAGACUCGAACAUUGAGAUUUGGGCACAAAUCUCAAAUCCAUGAAGGGAACAAUAUUUCUGUGAUCGACAGCAAAGCUUGCUUGAAGUUGUUUAUGCUUAAAAGACAAAAUGAAGGAUUUGUGGAAGCCAGCAUUAUUUGUGGACAGCAAGAAGGAACUGUUAUUCCUCUUCUAACGUCUUUUCCUUGCACUGGGAUGGAACGUGAAGGUUACUGCCUAGUCAGUAAAAGCAUGGAGCCUCAACUCUCAAGUACUGAAGGUUGCUCAAGAGCUCAACAUCCUACUGUUACUGGUGGAGUUACUCAAGCAGGUGGAGCACCUGAGCAGCUUUUACCCCACUCUUUGACAUCACAGCUAUCGGCUUCCAUGCUCCCUCCCAUGAAUGACGGUGCUUUAACCAGUAACUUCGGACAACUACCUUCAAAGACUCUUCACACUGGAGACCAUCUGCUUCACCCUGGAAAUGUUCAGUCAACUCAACAACCGUCUGGAAGUAAUUCAUCGAGAUUGCUGCCCAACAUUUCUGCUCAAUUGAACCCUGUGCGGCAGCAAUGGCACCAGAAUAAACAGAAUCGUUCUCAGUCCCAGCUGUUGCAUAGACAGGUGCAACAACAACUCAUUCAUAAAAUCAAAAUGGAGGAAGACUUAGGAGCAGUUGUGGCUGGCCUGAAUAUCCCAGACUUGGGUGGAGGCAUCCAGGGCCUUAGAAAUAUCGGUCGUGGUUCCUUGAAUAAUGUUAUGGACGUUGGAGGCUCCUAUCGUGUUCCAAUGGGAGGACAACUCCCUUGGAUUGGCAAUGUGGGUCAGUUUAACAAUAUUGGCAGCAGUGUACCUAGUCCACCUGAUAUUAAGCCGCAUUUUGGUGGUGUUUCUGAUAAUGCAAAUGCAGCUGCAGCUACAGCUACAGCUUUGGCAAAGCGCAGGGCAGCAGAUCACCAAGGGCAAACUUUGAUGGGUGGAUAUCAAUAUCUGAGAAACACUGAUGGAAUUUCAAGCCAGCCACCAAAUGUUCAAGACAUGGCAUAUCUCUUAACCAACCAGCAGUUCUGGCAGCAACCGCAGCAUCAGCAGCAGCAGCAGCAAGAACUGAGAUCAGUUCUCCAGCCGACAGAAGUAAAUAGCUUAGUGGAUGAGUACAUGGGUUUGCCUCAAACUCAACCUCACUCGAUGAGCUCAGGAUCGCCACUGAGGCAGAUGAACAGGAAUAUGAUGUUUGCUCCUGAAAGCUCAGAGCUGGCCACGAGGACUCACAACGGCUCUAUGGCCGACAGCAGCGGUGGCACUUCAAGGAAUUUGUCUAGUUUUUCAAAGGACAAGGGCAUAUACAGACCUCACAGACUCUAA